CACCACAUCAUGCGCGACUAGCAAUGGCCUCGGGGUGGGACACUCCACGUCUCCGACAGCGCCCUGCAUUCCUUACUCCCAAACCGACCCAACCUGCUGCCACCUCCGCACCCCUUGGAGAGGUGGACAACAAUCUCCCAACACGAUCGCCAUGGCCGAAGACCCCUUCUGUCCCAUGGUACGACCGACCAUCGCCUUCGAGCGCGACAUCCUCAUCAGGCCUCUCCGCACCAUCUGCCCCAUCCGGGCCCUCUGGGCAGACCACAUCCUCGACAAUCCAAUACCUUCGCCUCGCCUUUCAGGAGACGCCACCACAGCUCAAGGAGCUCGAAGAGGGGUGGCGCAUCGCGCGCCGUGCCGCAUCACGCCCUGCCCCAAUCGUUGUGGUGGAGCGGGAAGCAGAGGUGAAGGAGCGUAUUGAUCGAACGGGCGGACGAGAACUGCGCAGCGCGCUCAAGGGUGAGCGUGACCGUGUCCGUCAUGAGGCCGAGAGGGUGCGGCACGCCCAGACCGACAGUCAGAAGCAUUCCGAGCACCUUGGCGACGGCCGACUAGAGCCACCGGCGAAGGAACGAGAGAUGCGGGCUUCAAAACCACCAAGGGAGCCUUCGGACGGUCUACCGCGCGCACGACGUGACCACCGUACACAGGAGCUCGGCGUAAAGCGGCGAGGUGACUUGUUCCGCCUUGCCCCCGAUCCACCCCUCGACAAAGGGAAACAGCGAGCCCUGCCCGAGACACAAGAAGGAGGCAGUGGCCAGCAGCGGGCCAAGUCCGAAGAGCACUCUGUCGGGCAGUCGACUGGGCUGCUCACGCCCCCAACAAGCCCUGCGCCCCUCGCAGUACUCGCCCGGUUGAAACGGAAAGACACCUCGCGGCUACCUGUACGAUUUGUCUCACCUACUUCACCGAGCUCCCAUGAGCCACAGCCUGGUCCGUCCGGCGCGUUUAACUGUACAUCUGGCUCCUCACAGCCGUCUCAGCCUACCCCAUCAUCGUCAGUUGCGCCCGAGGGUUCACUCACUCCGACUAAACCUGUUCCGACGCUCCGCGUUAUGUCUGUCGCCAUUCCGCGUGACACUCCCCCCAUUGUUCAAGAACAAUCGUCUCCGCUUUCACCUCCCGAGAUUCCUCCGCAUCGACUCCAACCCGCUCCCCAACCUGCGCCUACAACGGCUCCCGGAACAUCACGACCGGCACCAGCAACAUUGCGACCAGGACAGGGAACCGCCGUGAACGCCAAACGCGCUUCUUCUUCCAAUCCAGAUCCCACAACCCCCAAGCCAAUUCGCGUACAUCCACUUCCCCUCACGCGUCACCCGGAAGCGCUGAGCCGCAAGUCGUCGGACACCAUCGUCGUACACCCACCCACGGCCGAGGUAGCGCUCACGCUAAACCUUCGCCGACAGACCGCACAAAUCAACCGGGUCGGCGACGAGGUCACAAUAGAGGGGCGCGCCCCGCAAUGCCUGCGCCUCGCCGACUCUGCGAACUGGUCAGCUGCUCAGCGCGACCUCUGGCAGCUCCUAGCCCGCCUCGUGGCUGAAUACAAGCGGCGCACACCCCGAGUCAAAGUCUUCACCGCUCUCGGCGAGCUCGUCGUCACCUGCUGCGAGCCUCCCGACAUUGUGCUCUCGUAUCUUGUCUCGGACGAGACAACGACGAAAGUGCGCCUGCGGUACAGUCUCUCGUCGUUCGAGGCAAUCCUGGAUACAUCUACUCGUCGACCACGAGGGACGCGUGAUGAGACGCACCGCGCGCGGCGGUCUAUACCUCUACGCUGGAGCGGGCAGGGCGAGCGAGCGGCACUAGCUCUCGGUGUGGACUUUGCCGAUUGGGAUAGCGCGGAGAAAGACGCCGUCCGCCGCUUAUGGGCGUUGCGCGAGGAUUGGGCACGCUUCGUUCCGGGAUACGAGCAUUAAUACGUUGUCACACUGUCUGUACUCAUAACCAUAUGCAAGGGCAUUGCCCUUCUCUUGU